AUGUGGUCCGGUCUCAUCCGCCGCUUCUCCUCCGACAUUCCCGAGUCUUACCCUCAUAGCGGUCACUCGCAGGAGUCAUCACACCUCGCCCACGCGCACACCGAGCCCGUCAGCGGUGCCGCCCUCAAAGACGGCGUCAACGGUGUCUUCGUCCCCUCCCAUAUCAACCGUACCGCGAGCCCCUUCCGCCCGCCGCCCCUCGAUCCCAUCGUUCUGAGCGGCUUCAAGGACAGCACGCCGCCGAGCGCGCGGUUGCUGAGCCAUGGCGUGGCCGAGGAGAUCCGCAUCAUGCUGCCAGAGAGGUUAAGGAUCAUGGAGGACUGGAAGUUGAUCUACAGCCUGGAGCAGGACGGCGCCAGUCUGACGACGCUGUACCAGAAGGCAGCCGACUACCAGGGUCGGCGUGUCGGUUUUGUGCUGGUCGUGAGAGAUGAUGCUGGCGGCACUUUCGGCGCCUACCUCUCCGAAUACCCCCGCCCGGCGCCCAAGUAUUUUGGCAAUGGCGAAUGCUUCCUCUGGCGAGCCUCUACUCUUACCCCCCUUCCGCCGCCACCCUCCGCCGACACGACGAACCUAACGCGCAUCACCACCGUGGCGAGUCCGACCCGCUCGACCUUUCUCGACAGCGACAGGCCGACGCCGUCCCCAGCGCCGAGCGAGUCCAUUCGUUUCAAGGCGUUCCCCUACUCGGGCGUCAACGACUACUACAUUAAUUGCGAGACGGGGUUCCUCAGCGUCGGCGCUGGCGACGGCCACUACGGACUUUGGCUCGACGACAGCCUCGACCGCGGGCACAGCGGGCGCAGCCAGACAUUCGGCAACGAGCCCCUCAGCGACGAGGGGGAGAAGUUCGGCGUGCUGGGCGUCGAGCUGUGGGUGCUCGGGGCCUGA